CCAAGCGGCGUUCUUGUCAACCAAAACAACGAGAAAAGCCGAACAAAAACAAGUUCUCACAUGUUGAGACAAGCAGGUUACGUUUUGAUGGGAAAUUGCUGUGCUGUGUGCCGACUGAAUCGAAGAAUUUUCGACGAAUUCGCCGUUUUGCAGUUGGGCAUUUACUCUUGCAGGACUGGCGUCGAGUUUUUAAUGACUGGAAUUCAAUUAUCCAAAAUUAGUCCAGCCGGUAGCCGAGUAUUGGAGAAGUAAAAUGAAGGAGCUCAAGAGACCCGAAGCCAUCACCCAAACGCUUCCUGGUGGGUGGCACAAAAGAAUUUACCUGCGAGUGACUGGUGCUUCGGCAGGAAAGAAGGACGUUGUCCUAAUUGCUCCAGACGAAACCGUCCUUAGGUCCAACGUUGAAAUUGAACGUUAUUGCAAGGCGCACAAACUCAAGCUGGAUUUGAAUGUCUACAAUGUGUGCCAAAAGCUGGUUAAGAAUGUCUUCAAGAAGGAAGCAGCAGCCCUGAUGAAGGAGGAAAACUCAAACAAAACACCUGGAAGACCACACAUCAAGGAGAACAAAAAGGACGCCCCAAAGUCUGUAAAGGGAAAAGCAAAGACCAAGCCGAAGAAAAGCAAAUCUUCAAGGAAGUCGGCCGUCCUUUCAGAGAGGCGUCGCAAUCAGUCUGGUGAUGCUGUGACCACCAAGAGGAAGAUGCUAGAGAGUCCAACUGUUGUGGAUCCCAAAAGGCCUAAGAUGGACGUCCAAUCUGGAACCACCAGUCUGACCAGUCGCCAAACUAGAAAUUCUCUUGCGGCUGCCCUUUCUCCUGCAAUUCUUGCAGUUAAAGGCCCCAGUGAAAAUUUGGAGAAGAAACAAAAGGCAAAGAAGACGGAUGAAAAGCUUGAGGAGCAGAAUAAAGAAGAAGAGAAGGGUGACGUUGAGCUUAGUGAAGAUGAGAAGGAUGACGUUGAGCUUGAAGAAGAUGAAAAAGUAGAGGAACAUCACUCUGAGCUAAAAGAUGGAGACGACUAUGAAAUAGACUUUACAGACGACUUGGCUGCUGUGGAGGAGGUUACCACUACUAAUUCUGAAGUGAUGGAAUCCACCAAUGAGGGCAAAAUGGAAGCUGGAAAAGUUCUCUUCGAAGAGAAGAAGGUGAAUGGAACAUCACCUGAGGCAGAAGACUACGAAUUGCCCAUGGAUGAUGUAGAAUUGGCAUUAGACGAUACAAAUUUUGCAAAAGUAGAAAAUCCUGAACCUGUUUCUGCAAAUGUUGAGCAAAAGCAUGAGCAGGAAGGAAGUGCAAAGAUCGAGGAUGUUGUGGAAGAAGAAACUGCAGAACCAGAGCGCUGUCCCUCGUCAGCCUCAACGGAUAGUGACAAAAUCAUAGUUAUCAACAGCAAAGAUUUGGACAAGAUAGACCAAACUUGCAUAAAGCUCUUUGUUUUGCCGGAGGAAGGAGAUUUGCCUGAGGAAGUGCCUUCUGGAAUGGACAUAAAUGCAAAAGAUGAGGGAACUGCAAUCAAUGUAGUAGCCGAGGAGGUUGUUGAGAAGCUGCAGACCACAAAAACAAACAAAAUUCUCUCAGAGAACAACGUUUUGGCUAAGGAUGGCAAUUUGCCUGAAAGUAAAGUACUUGAAACUCCGGAGAAGGAACCAGCUGCAGAGGAUGAAGCGGUUAAGGUGGAGGAAAAUCCUGAGCUAUCGGAGGUAGUUGUUGAGGUUGAAAAUGAGACUGAAGAUGCUGGCAAAGACCAAGAUGUUGAGGAUCAGAAUGGCGAAAUGAUCAAUGAGGAUGUAGAGGACGAGGAAGAAAUUUUGUCAAUCAAUGAAGCAGACCUUGAAGACAGUGAUGAUGACUCCGAAGAGGAGAUGUUGGAACAAGUUGAAACUGUACUCAAAACCUGUGGAUACUUAGGAGGGCACACUAAAGAGGAAGCAACUGCAGACACUGUCAUCGGAGAUGAGAUGGUGGUUAAAGAAGACGCUGUCAUAGAAGAUGAGGUGGAAAAAGAAGACACUGUCAUCGAAGAUGAGAUGCCUAAGGAAGAUAGUACAGAACCUGUCAAUAAUAUAGAACAAGAAGAAACUUUGAAAUCUGUUGAAGAAGGUGGACUGACAGAGGUUGAUGUAAGUGUCCAGCAACAGACAGAGCAGCUCCCGAUGUCACCUUUCCACCUGAUCUACGAGAGUUUGGGCACUGACCCCUGGUGCCUUUUGGUUGCCUCCAUCAUCCAGCCACAUGUCACGGCUCAAGUGGGUCAAGUUGUGACCUUGGGCAUUCUGGAGCGCUUUCCCACCGUUCCAUCCUUUCUCGAGGUCUCUGACCUUUACUCGAUUCCGGAGUGCGAGAUGGACCAAAAGGUCCCUUGGGUGCUGGGCCAACUGAAGAAGUUGGCUUUGCUGCUUAAGAAAGGAGCCAUAUUGGAGGAAUUGGAAGAAAUUGUCGGCACAUACGGAGUAAACGUCCUGGAGAUCUUCAACCUCGGCCGUUUGGAAUUGAGGACCAAGGCCCAUGAUCUCAUCGCCUACCUGAAGUGGCGUCAAGAGCAGACAAGGUAGGCAGCAGCUUUUCAGUCACGAAUCAAUCAAAGACAGCCACGAUUUAUUUCCUUUUGAAUAUAACUUUAUUCAAUCAAUUGCUUUGCAAAGUGGCCAGUGAAAUGGUUCGUACCAGUGCUACAGUACAAGAAAAUAUCUUACUCCGUUCAAAGUUAGAGAAAUAUAUAUACGAAGACUCUUAACAUCGUGAGUGCUUUAUGAAACAUUUAACAUAUAAAUUAAAGGGUAUUCGCUAUUGAUACAUAAUAACGUAUUUGAAAUUUUGAUAAGAAAGUGAUUUCCCGGAAGAUGGAGAAAGUGCGGAAAUCAGCAAAAUUUCAGUCUCGUUUCACACAUUCGUAAAAAAAAAUAUCAUUUAACGUUACAUUGGUAAAAAUACAUAAUAAUAAAAAUCUAGGCGAAAAAUGACGUGAUGUGACAAGUUUUGGUUUGUCUCAGUUGGAUGAAUUGAUUUAUAUCACUCGUGUGAGCAAAAAUCAGUUGGAUGAGGCGCGAUGUAUGUGUUGGUGCUCUUCUAGUAGUAAAAGUAAAUGUAUUGGUACUGUUGCUUGAUGUGGCCGCGGGUCAAGUGAUCCAACGAGUUGGCGUUCGAACUCCACUUGGACGGCAACACCAGCCUCUCUUUGUCGAGCCACUUGAAAUUAACCAAUUGCUUUGUUCUCGGGUCGACGUAAAAUGCUAAAAUCAAACAAGAGCACAAUAUAAAUGACAAAUGUUUCUCUUUAUAUCUUUUUGUGCUUGCAAAAAGUCUUCAAGUUUCACAAUCUUUUGUAAAUGAAUCUGUUUUUACUUGUCCUUUACGAUAUUUUUAUAAUAAAUUAUGUAGAAAGCAAUAAAAUCAACGGACAUUUAAAUACAAUUA